CCUAGCUUAAAUAUAUUUAAAAUGUCUGCAGCACGCAAUACUUAUAAACUGUUUGUCGGUAACCUACCAUGGACCAUUGGCCAAAGAGAGCUGCAAUCUUAUUUUUCCAACUUUGGGCAUGUUUCGAACGCUUCUGUUGUUUUUGAUAAACAGUUGGGUCUCUCAAAAGGCUAUGGUUUUGUGACUUUUAGUAACCGCGAUGGGUUUAAUAGUGCCUCGAAUAAAAAUACUCAUUCCAUCGAAGGGCGGGUGCUUAGCGUGCAGCCUGCAAACUCUUAAAAUUAACCGAAUAAAAAAUUAAAAUAUAUAUAAUAUGUAUUGAA